CUACAUAGCUUAAUAUAGACAACUAGAAAAUGGGGUUCAACAAGUUGGUAGUAAAAGCCCUAAUUUUCAUGGCAUUAACCAUGGUUCCCCUGUCUCUAGCCCACCACUCUGCCCACCACUCUGCAGCCCACGACUCUCCAAAAGACUACCUCGCCGCACAUAAUUGCGCCCGCGCAGAGCUAGGGAUCGCACUGCUUUGUUGGAACACAACAUUGGUAAAAUAUGCCAAACACUAUACAAAGUCUUUAGUUGCAAGUUGCAGCUUAGAGCAUUCAGUAGGUUGUCCUUAUGGGGAGAAUUUAGCGCAAGGUUUCGGCAAAUUCAGCGGUGUGGAUGGUGUGAAAUUAUGGGUAGAUGAGAAGGCUCAUUAUGAUUAUCAAAGCAAUACUUGUGUUGGCGGUAAAUGCCGGCAUUACACUCAGGUUAUUUGGAAAAACACCAAGGAAGUAGGUUGUGCUAGUGUUAGGUGUGGUGAAGGAUGGAAGAUUAUUAGUUGCAACUAUUAUCCUCCGGGGAACUAUGUUGGUGAGAAGCCUUAUUGAAUUUCUAUUGGUUAGAGAGGGAUUAAUG